UAACCUCGUUUGGCCUUUGAUGCGCUCAUAUUUUGUCCGCUGCUCGGCUCUGAAAAACAACAUUUUACCGUCUCCGUUUGGCUUCAGUACACGGUUUUAAACAUCCUGCUGACAAGAAAAGCCACCGUGACGGUUCGGUGAGUGGAGCCAGCCUACGUUCAUACAGGCACUGAUGUAAAACCGCUGUGACAGCAGUCCUGCUCUCUACCUCUGGUCCUUGGCGCCUCACAGGAUGACUUCAGAUGACAAAUAUCAACAAAUAGAAACCCCUUCCUCACCCUGAAUCCUCCACUUCCUGUGGACUCCUGAGAGCGUUGACACAUUCAUUCUCAGUUUUCUGAUUACCUGUCCGAAGGAGCGGCAAACAGUUUGCUACAAAAGGAGUUAAAACACCUCCACUCGUUCUGGUGGAGGUGCCAGAAGAGCCGUCUGUCUCCCCUCACCUUUCAUCUUUUUCAAGAAUAAUUUUCGUUCUGGUUGAUUUGAGUCCGGUUCUGCCGGCCCUGUGAGUUGUCAAAACUGGGGCGCGAUUCAUGGGAUGCAACCAUGUCGGAUCUUAGCGAGCGCAGGCCGGUCAACACGGACUACGCUGUCUCCCUGCUGGAGCAGCUCAAGUUUUUUUAUGAACAGAAAUUACUGACUGACGUGGUGCUGCUGGUGGAGGACACCGAGUUUCCAUGUCACAAGAUGGUCCUGGCCACAUGUAGCUCCUAUUUCAGGGCGAUGUUUAUGAGCGGCCUCAGCGAGAGCAAGCAGACCCAUGUUCAUCUCAGAAACGUGGACCCCACCACCUUGAAGAUCAUCAUCACCUACGCCUACACGGGCAACCUGGCCAUUAGCGACAGUACAGUAGAGCCGCUCUAUGAGACCGCCUGCUUCCUACAGGUGGAAGAUGUUUUGCUGCAGUGCAGAGACUAUCUAGUUAAGAAGAUAAACGCAGAGAACUGCGUCCGCAUGCUGAGCAUCGGCGACCUUUUCAGCUGUAGCGAGCUGAAGCAGAGCGCCAAGCGCAUGGUGGAGCACAAGUUCCCCAGAGUUUACCGCCAGGAGGCCUUCCUGCAGCUCUCCCACGAGCUGCUGAUAGACAUCCUGAGCAGCGACAACCUCAACGUAGAGAAGGAGGAGACGGUGCGUGAGGCGGCCAUGCUGUGGUUGGAGUACAACAUGGAGGCACGCUCACAGCACCUCUCCUCCGUGCUGAGUCAGAUCCGCAUCGAUGCGCUGUCAGAGGUCACCCAGCGAGCCUGGUUUCAGGGUCUGCCCCCCAACGACAAGUCUGUGGUGGUGCAGGGCCUUUACAAGUCCAUGCCCAAGUUUUUCAAGCCUCGGUUAGGCAUGACCAAAGAGGAGAUGCUCAUCUUCAUGGAGGCCAUGUCAGAGACUCAAAACAAGAUCUACGUCAUGUCCAUGUUUGUGCCUACUACAAUAGUGUGUUACAGCCCGCAAGCAGAGAAGGUCUACAAACUCUGCAACCCUCCAGGAGACCUGCAGAAGAUGGGAACCCUCGUUACUCCUGACAAUGAUGUAUACAUUGCUGGUGGACAGAUCCCCCUCAAAAACCCCAUCACCAAUCAUGGCAAGAGUGGAAAAUUCCAGGCCGUUUUCCGCUCAGUCGAUAGCUUUUUCUGGUUUGAUGCCCAACAGAAUGCCUGGAUGCCUAAAACGCCCAUGCUGUGCGCCCGCAUCAAGCCCUCGCUGGUCUGCUGCGAGGGCUACAUCUAUGCAAUUGGUGGAGAUAACGUCGGCGGCGAGCUGAACAAGCGCACGGUGGAGCGCUACGACUGCGAGAAGGACGAAUGGACCAUGAUGAGUCCGCUGCCAUUCGCUUGGAACUGGAGCACCUCAGUGGUGGCACACGACUGCAUCUACGUGAUGACCCAUGAUCUGAUGUACUGCUAUUUCCCCCGGGCGGACACCUGGGUAGAAAUGGCAAUGCGCAAGACGAGCCGCUGCUUCGCCUCCGCGGCCGCCUUUGGCGACCUAAUCUUCUACAUCGGCGGCCUCCACGUCGUCAGCAACUCCGGCAUCCGCAUGCCGACCAGCACCAUCGACGGCUCUUCCGUGACCGUAGAAAUCUACGACGUGAACAAGAACGAGUGGCGCCUGGCCGCCAACAUCCCCGCCAAGCGCUACUCGGACCCCUGCGUGCGGGCGGCGGUCCUGCUCAACUCGCUGUGCAUCUUCAUGCGGGAAACGCACAUGAACGAGCGCGCCAAGUACGCCAUCUAUCAGUACGACGUGGAGCUGGACCGCUGGUACCUGCGGCAGCCCGUGUCCGAGCGGGUGCUCUGGGAUCUGGGAAAAGACUUCCGCUGCACCGUGGGGAAACUGUACCCCUCUUGUUUGGAGGAGUCUCCGUGGAAACCCCCGACCUACCUCUUUUCGCCUGAUGGAGCCGAGGAGUUCGAGGUGGACGGAGAGCUGGUGAACCUCCCUCAUGUAUAGCUCUCAACUCCCCCCACUCCCCAGCCUCACUGACUGAACGAGUGGCCUGUAACCCUGAGGCAUGAACACAAAGGGAGGGGGGCUUCGGCAUAACCAAAGGGUUCUAUGUCCGUUUAGUGGAGGGAUCGCUGGACUUGAACACAAGCCCCUCAAAUACUCAAAAUAUUGAACAUUUCCUGGUUUUGGUUCUUUUCUGUUUGUUUUUACUUUGUGACAUCUGUUAGAAAUGUCUGUCAUACUGUUUUUCCAAUGUGMUGAUCUCAAACUAAUUUUGUGUUGAGGAUUAUGAUGAUGAUGAUGCACUUAACCGAUAAACCUUCUGAUUAAUGGUAAUGGCAACUGUACCAAAAUCCUCCCCCCAACCCCAGACCCGUUUAACUUCUCAACUUCCCUCUCGCCCCCUACUUCUCUUUCCUUUUUCCUCAUUGCUGAUGUAGAAAUACUCUGCAGAAAAUCAAAACUCGCUCUCUGAAGGUCACAAAGUUUCACUUCUUUACCAUUUAUUGAGCUUAACAGUUUCUAAAGAUUUGCUACACUAAAACUGGGUAUAAAUGGGCUUAAAUAUGGAUGUAAAUAUGUCCACAACUCCAAACUUUAAAUCCAGACUUGAACUUUGAUAAAUGUGUAUGUAAUAAUUGAUUAAACAAUUAAUAUGUCUAAUUAUCUGGUUAAAAUAUUGCCUAAUUGGCUGCAGCCUAAUUAGUCAAGUUUUUUAGUUGUAAAAUGACAAAUAAUUAUUAUAUAAAGUAUCUAAUCCAAAGGGAAGAGGGCAGUAAUGGUUUAACCUGUCUCUUGGUGUAACUGAAUGGGUUUWAAUAAAAAUUUCAGAUAGUACCGGUAAAUAACGGGUUGUACAUCUACAACUACACCUUUUAUUGGAGUUGAUACAGUUUGUAAUGGCUGCCAUGGCUUAUUGACCUUAGCCUACCCUCCAAAAUGAAAAUAAUAAAAAAUAACUACACCUCAGUGACUUUUACAGAUAGUUAACUCAAAUUUUGUGCAGUAAUAGCCGGAGGUCAUACGCAGCACACACUUUCACACACACUUGUUUUCAUUGACCAAACUAGCCACAACACCCAAUAUUUCUCAGCAUAGGAUGACCUCAGUUCAAAACUCUGGCAUGAAAAGCAGCGUGCGUUCCUUAAAGGAAUGUGAGGCCGUAUAUAUAUUAUCUGUAUUCUUUACAAAUAAAAAAAGGGCUCGUGGGUGAGUGUGAGAAACUUGAUUUUCAGCAGGGUAUUCCUUUGAAAACAGAUUUCCUCUAAAGGCCAUGCAGAUGAGAGGAGCGGCAGCCGAGGUUUGCAGGAGGACUGACGGGUGGAACGAGCGAGAAGUGGAGGUUUAAAAAAAAAAAGAUAAUUAAGUGACUGCAGGUCCAGUCUCUUCUAGCCUCGCUUCAUCCCGCUCGAACCCCCGCGCUCCGUCCUGACUCCGCCUUUGCUACCUGUCCAUCAYGUCUGCUGCACACGGGUCUUCCACACAACCAGCAGUUUACACCUCAGUCUGUCCAUGCUCACUUUGGUUGUUUUUUUUUUUUUUUCACCAGGGUUUCUGUCCUCACACUCUACUCGCAGUAAACAACAGGUUCUGGGCUCGUGUUUUUUUUAAGCUGCUGAAAGAUAUAAAUAAAUAAAGUACAUAUAUUUUUCAUAUGUUUAAGACAUAUGUUUUGUAUGUUUUAGUGUGGAUGGGGGGGUAACCAGGUCUAUUUUGUAUUAGUGUCUUUUUUUUAUUUAAUAUCAUUUAAUAUGACAUUACUGUAGUGUGAUUGUGGGUAGAUCACGUUUUCUUAUCGGAUUACAUUUUGCUGAGUGAAUAUUGAGAGAUUUUGUUGCUGCUGAUGGUUUGCAAAAGGAGAGUCUGGCCCAGGGUUUGGGCUUCAGACCUCAUCCUGGCAGCCGCUGGUAUCAGUGGAGAGGGACGAGUCAGRGCGGGAGAGGGGGGGUUCUCCUCGUAUCUUUAAAAACAUGAGCACAGGUGCUUCAUGGCAAACUUAACCUAGCAUGUUUGGAUGCAUCAUUUUCCUUCUGGCACUGUAUUUUGGAUGAACGUUAAUUUAUUAAAAAAAAAAACAUACCAAAAACGUUCUGGAAA